GUACCGUCAUGUCUGCAGAAUGAUGCGAAUGAAGAUGCUCGUAUCAAGAACGCUUUACGCAAAUACAUCUCAAAUCAUAUCUACAACUGUCGACAGACGAUUGUCGUGAGAGAGAAUCGUGAUGAACUGAACCGUAUCAAAAUGCUGAAUCUCAACAAAGAAUUGCUACGUGAGGCCAUCUCACGCAUUGUCAACAAAACCUCAGAUGAGCAUGGAUGGACGUUGUAUCGACCGAUUCCUUCGUAUAUAAUGCGAAAUAUCUCUGGUGUUAGAAAUAAGGCAUAUAAACAGAACAAAGACUUAGAACGAGGGAAUGAGAUGAACUAUGAAAGAGCGAUGCGCGAAGUAUUUAUUCGUGGCUCAACACGGCUGAUUCGUGAUGAUUAUCGUGACUGGGCCGUAGCAACACUGGCAAUAAAGGACUGGCUGAGAUUGGAUUUGAAGCGGAUCGAUUUUACUCACGUGAUACCGAAAAUACUGAAAACUGACGAAUUCGUCUACAAACGCGUCCAAACAAGACUCAUCGAAUAUAUGUACAAUUUUAUUCGCAAGGCACGAUUCAAGUUGCUGCACGAACGCUAUCGACAUCAAUUGCUGUGGAUUCGUCAGAAGUAUACGCGAGAUACGGUGCCCGAUGAAGUGAUUAUCGGUUUCUUGGAGAGAGCAUCCAGUGAGAACCAUUGGGAAGGCAAUAUCCCGUCGUUUCUGGGCACAAAAUCGUGGAUUUUCAAACGUACAAUAGAAUACUUUCGCGCAAAACCGAACUACAACUCACCAACGCCGUUGAACGACGAUGAGUGUAUGCGCUUUAAUCUUAAGCUC